UAUCGAGAGAUAAAAUGUGACAAAUUCGGCGAAUGAAAACAAGGAAGAAAGACCUUAAGUGAAAAAUUCCAGAUGCACAUUGUACAUAAGGUAGAUAUUGCUUUGCUAUAAAGUGUCACACUCAACUUUUAUCAUGUCCUAUCUACUGUUUUCGCGUAAUUAUCUAUCGCUUUCAAAAAGCCUACUGUUCAGAGAUGAAUGUAGACAGCUCCAUUAUUCCUGCAAGAUUCUUGUGGUUGGAGGUGGUACUGCUGGUUGUACUAUGGCUGCUAAGUUAUCCAGGAAGCUAAAUGAUCCAAAUAAAGUUAUUGUGUUGGAACCUAAUGACGUGCACUAUUAUCAACCUUUGUUUACUCUAAUUGGUGGUGGUAUCAGUUCCUUUAAGACAUCUAGAAGACACAUGAAGGAUGUUAUACCAAAAAAUGCUAAGUGGCUUAAAGAUUCGGCCGUCGGUUUUCAGCCGGAUGUUAACAAAGUUCUAACACAUAAUGGAGAUACUAUACAGUAUGAUAUAAUGAUUGUUGCGCUAGGUUUGCAACUGUAUUGGGAUAAAAUUCCAGGUUUGGUGGACAGCUUACAUAACCCCGACAUGGAAGUUUGCUCUAUUUACGGACCCGAUACCGUCACUCAAGUAUACGACAAAAUCAAAAAGACGAAAGCAGGAAACGCGAUAUUCACAUUUCCAAAUUCUCCGGUUAAAUGCCCAGGUGCGCCUCAAAAGAUCGCGUACAUCGCCGAGGAUUAUUUUCGCAAACAUAAGGUACGAAAUGACAUCAACGUUAUAUACAAUACUGCACUGCCAGUUAUUUUCGGCGUUAAGAAAUACGCCGAUUCCCUUUGGGUUGUCUGUAAAGAAAGAAAUAUCACUGUCAAUCUCCAAACAAAUUUGCUGGAAAUAGAUCCUGAUAAGCGGCAAGCCACAUUUGAGAAACUGAACUCGCCGGGAGAAACAUUAGUAGAAGAGUACUCAUUGCUUCAUGUAACGCCUCCAAUGGGACCCCCCACAGUUUUGAAAGAACACCCGGUAUUGACCAAUGAUGCUGGAUUUCUCUGCGUCGACCCUGAAACGUUGCGACAUGUAAAAUAUCCCAAUAUAUUUGGAUUAGGCGACUGUACGAACACUCCGAAUUCGAAGACGAUGGCUGCGAUAGCCGCACAAGGAAAAGUCUUAUAUCAGAAUAUCCUGGAUGAUUUGGCUGGUAAACCGACAAGCAUGGUCUAUGAUGGUUACGCGUCGUGUCCUCUAGUUACUGGUUACGGCAAAUGCAUCUUAGCCGAGUUCGACUACAAUCUACAGCCAUUGGAGACUUUUCCCGUGAACCAAGGCAAAGAAUAUUAUUUCAUGUUUCUGCUGAAGAAACAUGUCUUUCCGUUCAUAUACUGGCAUUUGAUGCUGAGGGGAUACUGGAAUGGACCAGAAUUCUUUCGUAAAUUCACCAAGAUACUUAAGAAGAAUUAAUGCACGAAGCAGGAGGAAGAUAUCCGGUGCCUUUUUCAAGGAAAGUAAUAUCGUUAAUAGCUCUUAAGAACCAAUUGACAUAUAUAUGUAGAUAAUUUCCAUUAUAAUUAGAUGUACAGCGAAAAUAAUACACAUUUGCGAUA